UUGUUAGUCACCCAGUAAUUUCUCUGAUGUGCAGAUCUUGAGUAGGCAUACUGAACAGAGAUGGGUAUGACAUACAUUUUCCUGAUAUUGACAGUGUUUUAUGUUGUGGUCAAGAGUCAACUCAAACCAGAGGUUUCCAUGGCCCCCACAUUCAAGCUAGUCUACAAUGGGGAUACAAUUAAUCUGACUUGUAACCACAGCACAGGUAAGGUAAAAUGGUUAAUCAACGAUGAGGUACAAGAGCAAGACAACAAGAUAUGGAGCAUAGGUCCUGUCUCUGCUAAGGACUCCGGCAAUUAUCAGUGUGAGAACAAUGGGCAGAAGAGUGACAACUUCGAAAUCUCAGUUCUAGAGUACUUUCCGCCUGCCACUUUAUCCAUCAAGUCAGGGGAGCCAGUCAUCAACUGGGAAGGUGCAGUAGUCCUGGAGCUGCAGGUGGAGGAGAGUCUGAUGGGAUGGUCCUGUUGGGUGUACAAGGGGGGGGAAGUAAAAAAAAUAAAACUAAAGCAAACGCUGACCACCGAUCACACAGAGAUUCCCUUUCAAACCUACCGACUGAGAGACACCAUCGCCAUCUACUGGUGUAGUGGCGAGACUGACCUGAGGAGCACCUCCAUCACCAUCAAGACCUCAGAACGGAUGGUACUGAUGGAGAUACUGCCUGGGCCUGCUUUUUUGGGAGAUGAACUGAGUCUGAGGUGUGUUGUGACGGGGACCGACCAAAUUAGCCGCGCUAUAUUCUACAAGAAUGAUCAGCAAAUAAAUGACAGUGCCCUUUCUUUUUACCAUAUCAACAAUGUGACCGAGUCCGACAAGGGGAAAUAUCGCUGUGAAGCCACCUAUAGGUUCAAGGGAAGCACCAGUGGAAAGUCAAACACAGGCGUCUCAGAAAAUCAAGAAUUGAUUGUUGCAGCACUCCCUUUGAAGGCAGAUCUCACUGUGACCACCGACAUGACCUGCUCCUGCUCCAACUGCCCCACUGACACCUCCUAUCGCUGGUACUACAAACAGCACAAUCAGCAGUGGCUACCUAAAGGCUCUGGCGACAGCUACACACAUGCCAUGUCGGCUGGUAGUUAUGCAUGCAGAGCAGUGUGGAAAGUCGGGAGGUCUGCACUAAGCAAUAUCCAUCGUUCUGACGUCGACAUUCAAGAGACAAAUAUGCUAUUGAUCAUCAUCUUUGUGAUGAUCGUCUUGGGGGUUAUACUGGUCAUAGGAGCCAUAAUCUUAUAUCGCAAGAGGACUGGUGAAGAAGCCAUUUACCAAGAUAUGCCCAUGAGUCCAGUGAACUCGAAGGAUGGAGGAGAUGGGGGGUACGAGGAGCUUCGCAAAAAACGUGGUACCGAGAGAGAGGGAGAGUAUGACACCCUGAACACAACUCCAGCAGAAGCAGCAGGAGGAGAGAAAGCAGAAGCAGCAGGAGGAGAGAAAACAGGGGGAGCGUACGAAGCGCUGAAGAAAGCGGGAGGAAAAGAGGAGGUGUACCACACCUUGGGGGAAGUGGGGGUGAAAGGUGAGGAAGUGGGGGUGAAAGGUGAGGAAGUGGGGGUGAAAGGUGAGGAAGUGGGGGUGAAAGGUGGGAAUGGGGGAGAUAGGGCGUAUGAAGCAUUGAAGAAGUCCAAAGAUGGGGGAACUGAGGAUCUGUACCACACCUUGGGGGAAGUGGGGGCGAAAGGUGGGGAUGGGGGAGAUAGGGCGUAUGAAGCAUUGAAGAAGUCCAAAGAUGGGGGAACUGAGGAUCUGUACCACACCUUGGGGGAAGUGGGGGCGAAAGGUGGGGAUGGGAGAGAUGGGGGAGAUGGGGCAUAUGAAGCUUUGAAAAAGUCCAAAGAUGGGGGAACUGAGGAUCUGUUCCAUACUUUGACGGCAGAAGGAGGCAAAGAGUGAGAUAGAGAGUAUAAAGAGGGGUAUACCAAUCUCUGGGAGCAGAAGGGACCUAGAUCUGAGACAAUAGGAAGUGCUGUAAUGACAAGAGGAAAGGUGGGGUGUAGGAUCAGUGGUGUAGCGUAGUAUUGCAGGGCCCCCCGUAAGGUCCAAGUAAGGCAGUUUUUUAGCUAAUGUCAUGCUAUUUAGGCUAUUACGCUGAAAGAAAAGGUUGCUGUUUAAGAGCUAAUUUCCUGCUAUUCUACACAUUUUGCUAUGAGGCUGAGAGGACAUUUAGCAGUUUUAAAGCUAAUUUCCU